AUGGGUAUUAAAGGUCUCACUGCUCUUAUAUCAGAAAAUGCUCCAUUAGCCACUCGUAGAAGUGAUAUCAAGGCUUUCUUCGGUCGUAAAGUCGCCAUCGAUGCGUCAAUGUCCCUUUACCAGUUUCUUAUUGCCGUCAGACAACAGGAUGGUGGUCAGCUCGCUACUGACUCCGGUGAAACUACUUCCCAUUUAAUGGGGAUGUUCUAUAGAACUUUAAGAAUGAUUGAUAACGGUAUUAAACCAUGUUAUGUCUUUGACGGUAAACCACCAGUUUUGAAAUCUCAUGAAUUAAGUAAAAGAACCGCAAGAAGAGAAGAAACGACUAAAAAAUUGGAUGAAGCUACCGAUAUCGCUGAAAAGAUUAAACAUGAGAGAAGACUAGUUAAAGUUUCCAAAGAACACAACGAUGAAGCCAAAAAAUUAUUAGAAUUAAUGGGGAUUCCUUACGUCAAUGCUCCAUGUGAAGCUGAGGCUCAAUGCGCUGAAUUAGCAAAAGUUGGUAAAGUCUAUGCUGCUGCAAGUGAGGAUAUGGAUACACUAUGUUAUAGAACACCUUACCUGGUAAGACAUUUGACUUUCUCCGAAGCUAAGAAAGAACCCAUCCAGGAAAUUAAUACAGAAAUUGUUCUACAAAGCAUGGAUUUGACUUUAGAGCAGUUUAUCGAUCUUGGUAUCAUGUUAGGUUGUGAUUACUGUGAAAGUAUCAGAGGUGUAGGUCCCGUCACAGCUUUAAAAUUGAUAAAAGAACAUGGCUCUCUAGAAAAAAUUGUCGAAUACAUCGAUAGUGGUGAUACAAAGACCAAAUGGAAGAUACCGGAAAAUUGGCCAUACAAAGAGGCUAGAGAACUAUUUUUAAAGCCAGAUGUCAUCAAUGGUAAUGACAUCACUUUGAAGUGGAAUCCACCAAAGGAACAAGAAUUAAUUGAUUAUCUUUGUAAAGAUAAAGGUUUCAGCGAAGAAAGAGUCAAAUCAGGUAUUAAAAGAUUACAGAAGGGUCUCAAAUCAGGUGUCCAAGGGAGACUUGAUGGAUUCUUUAAAGCUGUACCAAAGACAAAAGAACAAUUGGCCGCAGCAUCUGCAAAGGCUAAGGCCAACAAAAAGGCCAAUACAAAGGGCAAAAUCGGCAAGAGAAGAUAA